AUGAGGUUUUCGUUUGUUGUGUUGCUGCUAUUCUCAGCUUGCAGUAAAAGAAAUCUAAAGUCUGAAGCUCUGAGAUUCAACAACAACAACAAUGCUGCACCUGAGGUUUCUUCCACUCUUCUGCGAGUCCAUCGCAUGUACACAUCCCAUCCUCCCCACGAUGAGAGUCUCUACAACACGCUCCGUGUGAGUCCCAAUGCUACCACUGCCGAAAUACAAAAAUCAUAUCGCAAGCUGUCACGGCAAUGGCAUCCUGAUAAGCAACGGCACAACCACCACGAUGAUGAUGCUCAAGAGCAGCUGGAGAAGGUACAACAUGCUUACGACAUUUUACACAAGGAUGCUACCCGAUUACUCUAUCAUCGGUAUGGAUUGCAAGACGUUUCCACAGCCGUCUUGAUCUUGACGGGAUAUCAAAAUACUCCCAAGGUGCCACCGCAAGAGUAUCUGGAACUUCUGCAGCUCAUGGGAUAUUAUGUUCCAAGAAUGGAUAGUAGAAGAAACAAUGACAGAAACGAUUCACCUCCGCCACCGCGAUCGCUGCAAGAAGUCCGAGAACAACGAGUACGAUUCUUGGCGGCCACCACGGUGGAACGAAUACGGCCACUGGUUGAAGGAACAUUGUCUCCGGAAUUGUUGGUCGAUGCGUUUGCCACGGAAUGCGAUCGCAUCAAGAAAUUACCAUUGGGAUCGCAGAUUAUUCGUUGUGUGGGACGAGCCUAUCGACAUGCAGGACAACAUCAUAUGAAAUUGUUGCAACAACAACAACAGCAACAAGUAGCAGUUCAAAAACACUCCAUGAGAGAUCGAUGGCACGAUGCCAAACACGUGCUCACCGCGGCUGUGGCCAGUGGUCGGGUGGUUUUGAAUGAGAAUUGGUUGCUCAAAGCAACCACACCCAAACUCAAGACGGGGAAUAAACCGUCCAUUGCGUACCAUCAGUGGGAAGACAACCGCAACACUAUUGGUGGUUUGUUGGACAAUGAGGAGAGUAGUAGUGAUGACGAAGAGGAAGCAAUAGAUGCCACACAACUGCAACAACUAGAAGCCAUCAAGGCCAAACAGAUCAUGGUGGAGUUAUCCCAAGUCGAGGCACUCUGGAAAGUACACAAAAUUGGAUUGGAUCGAUCCGUUAGAGAAGCAUGUGCCUGGAUCAUGAGUGGAAGAUACUUUUUCUUUCCCUCCCAUCAGCAACAAUCAUCAUCAUCAUACGACGACCAUGAGUCUCCUGUCGACGGUUGGGUCUCGUCUUCUCCGAAACAACAAUAUGCCAUUGAUUCCAUGACAGCACGAUGGAAAGCUGCAUCCGCAUUGGUGCUCAUUGGGAAUGUCAUGGUGCACUCCUCCAAAGAAGGGACCUCUUGGAUGGAAUAA